CAGCUUCCUUUUCCGGCGGCGACAUGGCGAAGGCGCGCGUGGUGCCGAGCGAUUUGUUCCCACUGGUCUUCGCCUUCCUGCAAGAAAACCAUUUCGAGGGGGCGGCGCGGGCUUUCGGGAAAGCGGCCGGUGUGACAAAACAAGACCCCAAUGCCGCUUCUCUCCUUGAUGUCUUCAACUACUGGCUGAAGUCGCCUGAAGCCAAAAAAAGACAAGCUGUUCCCAAUGGUCCUCCAGCGAAGAAGGCAAAGAAAGAAUCUUCAUCCAGUUCUGACAGCUCCAGUGAAGAUGAGAAGCCCCCAGCUAAAAAACUAGCAGCCAAGCCUGCUGCUGUAGCCAAAGUGCCAGCAAAGACAGCUGAGAGCAGCAGCGAGGAUUCCAGCGACUCUUCCGAUUCAGAGCAGGAGAAGAAGUCGUCAGCAAAGAAGGGAACAGGUCUCCCAGUUAAGAAGGCUAUCGUGAAAACAAAUCCGCAGAAGAAACCCAGCAGUUCUAGUUCAGAUUCAAGUAGCUCGGAAGAUGAAGCUCCAAAGAAGCAGCAGCCAAAGCCAGAGGGAGGCAAAAAGGGAGCAAAGCCAGCUUCUAAACCAGCAGCAAAAGUCACCAAGGGGGCGCCCAAAAUUACCAAUGGCAAAGCAGAAAGUAGCAGUGACAGUAGCAGCAGCAGUGAGGAUUCUGAUGCAGAAAAGGGUCCACCUGCAAAGAGUGAGCCAAAGAAAACUGCGCAGCCCAAACCUGAAGGUGCUCGUCUACCCACAAAGAAGCAAAGCAGCAGCAGCAGCAGCGAUGAUUCAUCUGACAGUUCAGCAAGUGGAAAGCAAGUGGCAAAGCCCAAGGCAGGCCAGUACAGCGCUGUGCCACCUCCUUCGUCCAUAGAGUCGAAGAAGGGCAAAGCACAAUCUCUAGCUGUAAAGACUCCUAAGAUAAAGGCGGAAAACCAUGAUGAAAAGAAGCAGGUGCCCAAGAAGAAAACAGCACCUAAAGGACCUGUGGCUAAGCCAUCGCCUACCCCCAAAUCUGCUGCUGUUUCCACCCAAAAAGAAGAGACUAGUUCAGACAGUGACUCAGAUAGUAGCUCUGAAGAAGACAAGAAGCUUCCUGCCAAAUCACCUGCAACAAAGGUUUCUGCUAAACCCGCUCCGUCAAAGGCAGCGACCAGCUCUUCUGAAAGCUCAGAUUCUGACAGCUCUGAGGAUGAAACUCCUGCCAUUAAACCGGCUGCAAAGGCGGCAAAGAAGAUUCCUGUGAUGGUUGGAAAGAAGGCGGAUGCUGGCUCUGGGGAUAAGAGAGUCGCUCCCCCCAAAACUGGUGCAAAGAGCCCCAAGUCAGGAUCCAAACCUAGCCUCCCUGCCUCCCAAGCAAGCAGUUCCUCAGACUCCAGCAGCAGCUCAAGUAGUGAAGAGGAGCAGAGCAAGCCUGCCCAGAAGUUGACUAAGAAGCCGCAGGCCAAGCUCGUUGGUAAGUCGGCUUCCAAAUCGGCCGGCAGCAAGAACACGGUGGGUUCAAAGCAAGCAGAGCCCGACAGCAGCAGCUCUUCCGACAGCUCCAGCGACGACGAGCCCAAAGUGGCAAAGAAUAAAGCAGAGAAAAACAGCAAGCCAUCGAAGAAAAAGGCAUCGAAAGCUUCAUCCGCGCCUGCAGGCAAAACGCCAUCUUCCAAGACGCUCACAUCUGAAGCGGCUAGCGAUGGGGAGAGCAGCAGUUCUGAUGAUGAAGAUGACGGUGAUGGGGCUGUAAAUGGAGGCCAAUCCAAGAAGAAACGAAAAAGGGAGGACAGCCAGGGGCUGGAGACACCAAAUGCUGAGAAGAACAAGAAACCCAAAACGCCACAUACGUUCCCCAAGAUGAAGCGGCAGUCCAGUCCUUUCCGCAGAGUAAAAGCAGAAGAGAUUGAGGUGGAUGCACGAGUAGCAAACAAUUCAUUUGAUGCCAAGAGAGGAGCUGCAGGUGACUGGGGUGAAAAGGCUAACGAAGUCCUGAAAUUUACGAAAGGGAAAUCCUUCCGACACGAGAAGACAAAGAAGAAAAGGGGAAGUUACUGUGGCGGUGCGAUCUCCACGCAGAUAAACUCCAUCAAAUUUGAAAGCGACUAAACUUCAGUUGCCUCUGCAGAAUCCAAGGCCUGAGCAUGUGAAAAGAUGCGAAGUGUAGUGGGAUAUCUCUUCCACAAAGCAUCAACUCCUCUAUUGGUAACAUGGGAAGAUGGUUGCUCUUUUACGUAAUGACAAAACCUAGCCGUGUCUGUGACUGUCUUUUGAGAACUUCCCAGACUUUCUUAAUUAAGUACAAAUUCAUUUUUAGAUGACAGAAGUCCAGUUCUCGCAUACCUCAUGAAGCAAUAUGUUGUUGUUGUUUUUGCUAAACACCUUUUUUUAAUCUUCCAACAAAUCUAACAUUAAGGUUGCAUUGAAAGUGACAUCCAGCUCUGUUGCUCCGGGAAUCUGGUCUUACCUGCUGUCAAAAGGGUGACCCCACCUUCACAAUCUCGCCUAUCAUUUUUCCUCCUCUUCAUUUGGGGCAUUCAUAAAACAUUUCCAUAAUCUCUAAGAGUUGGGCAACUUGGUUAAAUCCAGGCAAAUCUCCCUUUUCCUAUAAACAGAUUGGCUAUAACUACUUGAAAAUCACUGAGUUAAUUGUUUGGGCUAUCAUUUUUGUAGAUGAGGAGGCAAAAAUGUCUGCCUGUUUCCUUUCGGUUUCUCCAAAAUCCAGGAAAAUACCCAAGGGUUGAAAUAGCUCCAGAGUGCAGCGCCACUCAUUGUUAUCUAUGUUUUGGCAGUCACGCAAUACCUUCGAAGGGAAGUGAGAGUUCUUGCAUGGUGGCUCUGCCAACUAAUAUGUCACUCGCAAUGGACGUUCUUAUUUGGAUAGUGUGCAGUUGGGCCCAUUGAAACCUUUGUCCAUCUGCUUUGUUUUGCUUUUGGGGAAUGUGGUGACUUUUCAUUUCCCAGCGAGGCCAGGUCCAGUUAAGGCUCUUCCAUGAGAAGCUUGCAACCCCAGGCAUGUUAAUCUGUGCUGAUGUGCUUCAAUGUGGCCAGAGAAGCCACAACGCCUCUUUAGGGUGGAGCCUAGAAGCCUGACCUAGAACCCAGCUGCUAAAAGAAACCAUUCAAGAAGUACCAUCUGAUAAGAGAAAGAUGGGAGAAGUGAUUGUUGGGAGUUCUUACCCCACCCCGCCCCCAAAGAGAAAACCUUCAAUGAUGUGUUUCCUCCACUUUGAGCAUAAAAAUAAUAAAACCCAGCAGAUUAACUGCGUGGGAAGCUGGCUUGAGAGAGAGAGCGUUUUAGAUGUUUCCCUGUUGCGGAUAUCGCUGUACAUCAGAAUCCGUCCACAGUAAAUGCUAUGCCAGCAAUGUCUGCGGGUUAAAAACAAAACAGCCAAGGUUAUAAUGUGUCUUAAUGCCCCAAAGGGCUACUCUUUUCACAGCCUUGGCCCUUGCCUUUUGAUGUGUUCAGAUUCCAUUGGCAUGGAACAAGAAACUGGCAAGACUCAACUCCUUAAUGGUGUUGGGACGGUUGGGUAUUUUAUUUGAAUAGACAAACAUUUAGUAUAAUAAAAAUGUUUUUAAAAUGUCGAUAAGGCUUGUUGUUGUUGUUUAAUCCAG